AUGGAAGUGAAGGUGAGGGAAAUGGCCGGAAAAGGUGGCAAGGGGCUUUUGGCCGGAAAGACAACAGCAGCUGCUGCGAACAAGGACAAGGACAAGAAAAAGGCACCGACUUCUCGUUCAGCUCGUGCUGGUCUUCAGUUUCCAGUUGGUCGAAUUCAUCGUCACCUAAAGUCAAGAACUAAUGCCCAUGGAAGAGUUGGAGCCACAGCAGCUGUUUAUUCUGCUGCAAUUCUUGAAUAUUUGACAGCAGAAAUGGUGAUUGCAGGUGGUGGUCAUGCAGCUGGCGAUUGGUGCUGCGCAGCGCCCUACAGUGUGUGGGUUGGUGGUUUGCAGAUGGUGAUUACAGGUGGUGGUCGUGCAGUUGGCGAUUGGUGCUGCGCAGCGCCCUACGGUGUGUGGGUUGGUGGUUUGCAGAUAGCGAUUGCAGGUGGUGGUCGUACAGAUGGCGAUUGGUGCUACGCAGCGCCCUACGGUGUGUGGGUUGGUGGUUUGCAGAUGGCGUUUGCAGGUGGUGGUCGUGCAGAUGGCGAUUGGGGCUACACAGCUCCCUACGGUGUGUGGGUUGGUGGUUUGCAGAUGGCGAUUGCAGGGGUGGUCGUACAGAUGGCGAUUGGUGCUACGCAACGCCCUACGGUGGUCGAAUGCCCAAAUCAAACACCAUCUGCUUGUGGUGAUGGUGGGUUUGACGCUCAAGACUCCACCACCGCCUUCUCAUCUCCGGCUACUGUACCUACUUUUGUUUCUGUUGUAAAUCUGCCUCAUACUUCCGUCUUUGCUUGCAGCGCCAUGCGUGAUGGUUGCUCGGCGCUGCGUUUUUCUUUUUUUUUGUUGUUGUGGAGUGAGGACGACUGGAUGGUGGUGGAGCGCCGUUGUUGUUGA